GUGCAACGAGUAGUUUCUGCAGAAGAAGCUAAAGAGAUUGAAGCUAAAGAAAAGCGUAAAGAGAACGAGAAAUCAAAGAAGCCGACUCAAAAGCGGCUUGGCAUUGGAGCAGCAUUAACGCUGUUAGCCAAAAAACCAAAAAUGUCUGUUUUGGACAAAUCAGAUCUUGACUGGAAUCUUUUCAAAACCGAAAAGAAUCUCAAGGAGGAGUUGGAAACGUUCAACCGCGGCAAAAAUGGUUAUUUGGAUAAGAUGGAAUUUUUAACAAGAACUGAUUACAAGGAGUUUGAGAAAGAGAAAGCACUUCGAAAUGCCACACGUAAACCUAUUUGA